AUGUUGGACAAACAAGUGUGGAAAUUUGGUGAAUAUAACUGUUGUAAAAAUGAAUUUUUAGAUCCCGUCUUAAACGUUAUGUUGGCAUCUUCAAGCCUCGAGAAAUCCGUAAACUAUUGGAACGGAAUUCUUGGUUUAACUAUCUAUGAAAAGACCGACAAAUCUGCCACGUUCGGAUUUGAGAAAAAAGCCACCAAAAUUCAGCUGAAAGAUAUCGGUGGCCCAGUGGACAGGCGUAAGGCAUAUGGACGAAUCGCAUUUUCUAUUCCCUAUGCAGAACAGGAACCAGUCUCUGACAUUAUUACCAAGAACAAACAAACGAUUUUAAAUCCUCUUAUGCUGCUUCCCACUCCGGGAAAACAAACCGUUCGAGUUAUUAUCCUGGCAGAUCCAGAUGGGCACGAAAUUUGCUUCGUCGAGGACGAAGGAUACAGAAAGUUGUCACUGCCCGACUUUGCAAGUGAAAAGGUCCUGGAUCUUCAAAUAAAGAAAGAUAAAUCCUAAAAUAUUCCAUCACUGGGGUGUACUUACUUAUAUUACAUAGUAAUUUUAUAAUGUUUUUUAAUUAUUAUCACUUUUUUGAGUUACGAUUAAAAGCGUAUACACAUUGCUUUUUGUUCAUUAUUUUUGGAAAAGGGCAAAGUUGUAAAUUACAAAUACAAUUCAACUCAAUAUAUAUUUACAAAAUCUAA